CCGGGGCACUUCGUUUUCCAGCCAAACCAAAUCAAACCACCACCGUGAAUUACUAAUGCGUGAGAUUGUUCAUAUUCAAGCUGGUCAAUGUGGUAACCAGGUCGGUGCUGCUUUCUGGUCUACUAUUGCCGACGAACACGGUCUUGACGCCUCUGGAAUCUACCGUGGUAACUCUGAUGAGCAACUCGAGCGGUUGAAUGUUUAUUUCAAUGAAGCAAACGGUGGAAAGUAUGUCCCCCGUGCAGUUCUUGUUGACUUGGAGCCUGGCACUAUGGAUGCUGUGAAGUCUGGCCAAUUCGGCAGCUUGUUCCGUCCUGACAACAUUAUUUAUGGCCAAUCCGGUGCUGGCAACAUUUGGGCCAAGGGUCACUACACAGAGGGAGCCGAGUUGGCCGACACUGUUCUCGAUGUUGUAAGACGUGAAGCCGAAGCCUGCGAUGCUUUGCAAGGUUUCCAAUUGACGCAUUCUUUGGGUGGUGGUACUGGUUCGGGUAUGGGUACACUUUUACUUUCUAAGAUUCGUGAGGAGUAUCCCGACCGUAUGAUGGCUACAUUCUCCGUGGCACCCGCUCCUAAGAGUUCUGAUACAGUCGUUGAGCCUUACAACGCCACUCUCUCCAUGCAUCAGCUUGUGGAAAACUCUGACGAAACCUUCUGUAUUGAUAAUGAAGCUCUUUAUUCUAUUUUUGCAAAAACUCUCAAAAUCAAAAGUCCUUCCUAUGGUGAUCUUAAUCACCUCGUCUCUGCGGUUAUGGCAGGCGUCACUACUUCGUUCCGUUUCCCUGGUGAACUUAAUUCUGACUUGCGUAAGCUUGCCGUAAACAUGAUUCCCUUCCCUCGUUUGCAUUUCUUCAUGGUCGGCUACGCACCUCUCGCUGCCAUCGGCUCUCACUCGUUCCAAGCCGUGACAGUCCCCGAGCUUACACAACAAAUGUUCGAUGCCAACAACAUGAUGGUGGCUGCUGAUCCCCGUCAUGGUCGCUACUUGACCGUGGCUGCCUUGUUCCGUGGCAAGGUUUCAAUGAAAGAGGUUGACGAGCAGAUUCGUUCUGUUCAAACCAAGAACUCCGCUUACUUUGUUGAGUGGAUUCCAGACAAUGUCUUGAAGGCUGUUUGUUCCGUUCCUCCUAAGGACUUGAAGAUGUCUGCCACAUUUAUCGGCAACAGCACUUCUAUCCAAGAAAUCUUCAGAAGAAUUGGUGACCAAUUCUCUGCUAUGUUUAGAAGAAAGGCUUUCUUGCAUUGGUACACUGGCGAGGGUAUGGAUGAAAUGGAAUUCACCGAAGCUGAGUCCAAUAUGAACGAUCUUGUCAGUGAAUACCAACAAUACCAAGAAGCUGGUAUUGAUGAAGGCGAUGAGGACUACGAGAUUGAAGAAGAGCAAGAGCCCGUUGACAUCUGAGUUAAUAGCACAUAAGACGAAUAUACUAUGCGAUAUCCCAUUGAGAGCUAGAUACACCAUUUCUCGAAAACCAGUUACUAAUGAUCGCAUUUGAUACCAAAUGAUAUACACAUGAACGGUGUGCUGUUCUUUAUAUAAUAACUAGUUGUGUUGA